UGAGACACAAAGUCAAGUUUACAGCCAACUAAGUUCCAGCCUAGGCAACAGCAUGAAGUUAUUUGUGACAAUUGUAUUGGGCGCUUUGGCGCUGGCCCAAGCCGACAUCAGUCUCACGCAGCCCGGAUACAAUUACCGCGUGCAGCCGCAACAGCAACAGCAACCAACAGUUGUGGCACAUUUGCUCAACCAGCAAUUGCAGCAGCAACAACAGCAGCUGCAACAGCAAUCGUCGCAUCCCGUGUUGCCUCCAUUGUCGGUGCCAUUGCCUUAUCUGCCACCUUUGGGACAGUUCCAGCCACAGUCACAUUCGCAUGCCCAGCAGCAGCCACGCAUUGUCACCUCCUCCUUCCCCAUGCCAGCCAACUUCCCCGUCAACUUCCAGACGGCGCCAGUUCAGCAGCAGCGUCGCGCUCGUCCCCGCGUUCGCAUUCCCAAGCGUCCCAUUGUCACCAAGAACUUUUUCAUUCACUCCGCCCCCGAGGAGUCCGAGGAUGAGAUUCAGGAUGAGCUGCAGCAGUUGAACCAACAGCCACGCAAUCACUACAACGUGCUCUUCGUCAAGACACCAGCUCAAACGAAUCGCGCUGCUGCCUUGAAUCUGGCCAAGACGCUGAAGCAAGAGAAGACCGUGGUCUAUGUGCUGGCCAAGAAGACGACCGCCGCUGACUUGCAGGAUGCCAUUGCCGAGGCACCACAGCAGAUCAACAAGCCCGAGGUGUUCUUCAUCAAGUACCGCACGCCUGAGGAGGCUCUGAAUGCUCAGCGCCAGAUUCAGUCGCAGUACGAUACUCUGGGAGGAACUUCGACCAUCACCGAUGAGGGUUUGGCUCCCAUCACCUCGGUUGUGGGUUCUCUCGAUGCUCCCGAGGAGGAGGAGGAGGAACAGCAGCAGAACAUUGAUGGUUCCCUGGAUGCGCAGUCGCAUGCUCAGCAUGGUUCCGCAAGUCUGAGUCUUCCCAUCAAUGGCCAGGUUAACAAUCAAUAUCUGCCCUCCAAUCAGUUCUAG